AAAAAAGAAAAAAAAAAGUAGGAAAACAAAACCCCAAACACGUUGCUGAAAAGCCAAGCAGCAGCAGGAGGAGGAGCAGAGAUGCAGAUCUUUGUGAAAACCCUAACGGGGAAGACGAUCACACUCGAGGUCGAGAGCAGCGACACCAUCGACAAUGUUAAAGCUAAGAUUCAGGACAAGGAAGGUAUCCCUCCUGAUCAGCAGAGAUUGAUUUUUGCUGGAAAACAACUUGAGGAUGGUAGGACUCUUGCGGAUUAUAACAUCCAAAAGGAGUCAACACUUCAUCUGGUUUUGAGGCUUAGAGGAGGAACCAUGAUCAAGGUGAAGACACUCACUGGCAAGGAAAUUGAGAUUGACAUUGAGCCAACUGAUACCAUUGAUAGGAUCAAGGAGCGUGUUGAAGAGAAAGAAGGAAUUCCUCCCGUGCAGCAAAGGUUGAUCUAUGCUGGCAAGCAGCUUGCGGAUGACAAGACAGCGCGUGACUACAACAUUGAAGGAGGCUCUGUGCUUCAUCUUGUGCUUGCACUGAGAGGUGGGAAUAUUUAGAUAGUGCAUCAAAAAAAAUAGUACAACUAUCUACAUAUUUUCCAUUAAACUGGAUGACUCUGCAUCUUAUGUGUGGAUGACUGAAGAGAAACAUGGUUUGACUAUAUUCUCCAGAGUUGUUAUGAAUAUACUCUUCUUAUCAGUGCCUCUUUGAUCAAAUUUCUAAACUCAUAUUGUGGCUUCAAUAUUUCUUAUAUUUGCUAAAUGUACUGUGGUCAUUGCCAUGUGUUUGUUUGUUUGUUAGCAUUUAGGGUGAAAGUUGCCAUUUCAGCGCCUUUUUUUUAUCCAUAGAGAGACAUCAGAAGAAGAAAAAGCAAAACCCCAACUUAUGUUGUGGUUUUGUUUGAUAAAUGUUGAUAUUUGCUCUUAUGUUACUGUGAGUGGCAAUUGAAACUCAUCUGCUUAGCAUAAUAUUUUAAACAAAAGAAUGAUGAGCAG